AAGAAUCGACAAAAUUAAGAAAACAAACAGAAAAUAAAAUAAAAUAAAAAAGACGCUCUUUUCUCUUGGGUUCGGGCUUGGUUCCAGCUGAGAAACCCGAACUAAACGAGCCUACACAGAAACCUUGAUUUUCUUCAACUUCUAUUAUAUGUCUACCCUCCCGUUGUGCCGCAACCUCUCUGACGAUUGUCAUCAUCUUCGCUCUGCCUCACCUCACUUUCUCCCUCCAUCUCAGAUAUGUCUAUAUAGGCCAUCGACAAUGGCAAUCGAGCUCAGCGCUUAGUGGCCUUUUCAGCUUGAGGAAGCAGAGACUGUUCAUGGAUGACUUCCAUUGUGGACGCACUAAACCAGAUCACCAUCAAGCACUCAUGGAACACUAUUUACCCACAACUCCGCCUCCAUCAUGUUCAUAUGAUGAAAAGUUAAGCUGAUAAUCAAUCCAUUAUUCCUCUUCAGCACACACUGAACUCACUGAACAACUUCAAAAAAAUCAAACGUUAAGCUUUGUGAGCACUAUUUUAUGUCUGGCUUGUGUCCAUCAUCUUCUUCCUCAUCUUUCUCUUCCCAUGGCCCUCACACCCCAUUCUAUCUUCACAAACCCAAUGCCUCAAUUUGCAAACUUUCGGUUCUUCUCAUCCUUACAAAGACUCAAAACCUUUCCUUUUUCCAUCCACCAAAUGGGUAUGGCUUCUGUUGCCGAUACCCUCUAUACCCAUCUUCACAAAAACGAUGACAGUGUUGAAAAUUCAUUGUCUAAGGUUAAACCCAAAUUGGACUCAAAAUGUGUCAUUCAAGUUCUGAGCAAGUGCCAUCCCAAGCAACCUCAAUUGGGUGUUAGGUUUUUUGUUUGGGCUGGGUUUCAACAUGGGUAUAGGCACAGUGCUUAUAUGUACAGAAAAGCUUGCAAUUUGCUUGGGAUUAGUGAAAAUCCUCAGAUUAUUUGUGAUGUGGUUGAGUCUUAUGAGGCUGAAGGGUGUCUAGUCACUGUUAACAUGAUUAGGGAGGUGCUGAAGCUGUGUAAAGAGGCUCAGCUUGCUGAUGUGGGUUUGUGGGUGUUGAGGAAGGUGGUGAGUUUUGACUUGAAUGCUGACACUGUGAUGUAUAAUGUAGUUAUAAGGUUGUAUUGCAAGAAGGGUGAUAUUGAAGUGGCUGAGAAGUUGGUGAGGGAGAUGAGUUCGAAUGGUCUUAGUCCUGAUUUGAUUACUUUUAUGGCUGUAGUUGAGGGGUUGUGUGUUGCGGGUCGAGCUGAAGAUGCUUACUCUGUGCUCAAGGUUAUGAGAGGGCAUGGAUGUUUGCCCAAUUUGGUGGUUUUGUCAGCCGUUUUAGAUGGGUUGUGUAGGUGUGGAUCUAUGGAACGGGCAUUGGAGUUGUUGGAGGAAAUGGAGAAAAGUGGGGAUUGUAGUCCAAAUGUUGUUACUUAUACAUGUGUGAUUCAAAAUUUCUGCAAGAGAGGGCAGUGGAGUGAAGCAUUGGAUAUUUUGGAUAGAAUGAGAGCUUUUGGGUGUCAUGCUAAUCAUGUUACUGUUUUUACUUUGAUUGAGAGCCUUUGUGCCGACGGUCAUGUUGAUGAAGCUUAUGGGUUGAUUGAUAAGUUUGUGGUGGAACAUGGUGUUUCGUACAGUGAUUGUCACAGUUCACUUGUGAUUUCUUUGAUAAAAAUAAAAAGGCUUGAGGAAGCAGAAAAGCUCUUUCGGAAAAUGCUUGCUGGUGAUGUCAAACCUGAUACUUUGGCAUCUAGUCUUUUGCUGAAGGAGCUCUGUACAAAGGAACGAGUAUUGGAUGGAUUCUACUUGCUUGAAGCAAUUGACAAUAUGGGAUGCUUGUCUUCUAUUGACUCCGAUAUAUAUUCUAUUCUCUUACUUGGCCUUUGUCAAAGAAGCCACUUGACAGAGGCCACAAAGCUGGCCAAGAUAAUGAUUAAGAAAUCAGUUCUGUUAAGACCUCUGUACAAAGAUAGUGUUAUUGUUUUCCUGGCAAAAUCUGGUGAAAAAGAUCUUGUGCACCAGUUGACUGGCAUGUGUAAGGGACUUUGACGAUAAAAUGUUUUAUGAAAGGGGUCAGAUUGAUUUUUAUUGGCAUUGUAUAGCAGCAACAGCACAUUCAGGGAAUGAGCUCAACUGGGAGCCUAGUAGAAUAUCAUGAAGGAGGAAAUGGGAGUUGGCCCCAUCAUGGACUUCAUCAUAUGUGGAAUGGCUCCAAGUUCCAACUUGCAUCAGCAACCUCCAUCAAAUGGCAUGCUUUGGAGAAAACACCAUCCUUUGUUAAUGGUGCUUGUGCUUCUUGUCUUCCACAGAUAUCCAGCUUUACUAGAACACCACCUCAUGCUGAGAGCAUCGCAUAUAGACCAUCAAGUGGGAUCAGCAUCAGUUGUUACAGCCUCACCCUGGGAAAGAUAACAUUCUUACUUGGGAGAGUCACCUAAUGCUCUGGUUAUAGAUUGGGUUCUGUAGGAAAUCCUGGUUUUCCUGGUAGCUGGGUGCUGCGUCCUCCUGAUUUUUCUUCUCAUAACAUAUUUCCUCAUGUUGGUGGGAAUGGUACAGAAUUGACAUCCAAUGCUGGGCAGGGCUAGCAGUUAUCACAUGUUUUCGCUGGGAAACUUCCCAUGAUUCCUGUUAGAACCAUGGAAGAAGAACAUAUGAUUGAUACUAAUAAGAGACCUAAAGUGUGGAAGGUUUAUGUUAGGAGGAGGGGAAGGAAGGAGUCAACUGCUAGUUAGUUGUUAAUAUGGUUAAUAGAUCCUACAAAUAAAGUUAGAUUCUGGAUUAAGGAGACUUCUGGUUUUUCUGAAAAUACUGUUAGGGGGAAUUAUUCUCUGUAUAGGAGCUAACAGCUCUGGGGGAUUCUUGUAAGCAUGAUUCUUUCUAAAGAUAUCAAUAAAAAUUGACAAUAUUCUUCAGU